GGCAGCCACGGCAACGACGUGCGGAGGCGGCGUGACUUACGGCCGCCCCGCCCCUCGGUGGGCGGGGAAUUUGAAAGCCGGAGCGGGCGCCGGAGGGCGCGGGGCCGGCCGGAGGCUUCGCGGGAUGACCCAGUCGGUGGUCGUUCAGGUGGGGCAGUGCGGAAACCAGAUCGGCUGCUGCUUUUGGGAUCUGGCGCUCAGGGAGCACGCAGCGGUUAACCAGAAAGGAAUUUAUGAUGAGGCAAUAAGCAGCUUCUUUAGAAACGUGGAUACCAGAGUGGCUGGUGAUGGUGGCAGCAUUCCCAAGGGGAAAAUCUGUUCUUUAAAAGCACGGGCUGUCUUGAUUGACAUGGAGGAAGGGGUCGUCAAUGAAAUUCUGCAGGGACCUUUGAGAGAUGUAUUUGAUAGCAAGCAGCUCAUCACUGAUAUUUCUGGCUCAGGAAAUAAUUGGGCUGUAGGGCACAAAGUUUUUGGCAGUCUUUAUCAAGAACAGAUUUUAGAGAAACUCAGGAAGUCAGCAGAGCACUGUGAUUGUUUGCAGUGUUUUUUUAUAAUACAUUCCAUGGGAGGAGGAACAGGAUCUGGACUUGGCACAUUUCUUUUAAAAGUACUUGAAGAUGAAUUCCCAGAAGUAUACAGAUUUGUGACUUCAAUUUAUCCUUCUGGUGAGGAUGAUGUCAUAACUUCACCUUACAAUAGCAUCUUAGCAAUGAAGGAACUUAAUGAGCACGCAGACUGUGUGUUGCCCAUUGACAACCAAUCCUUAUUUGACAUCAUUAGCAAAAUUGACCUUGUGGUGAAUUCUGGAAAGUUGGGUACAGCUGUAAAGCCAAAGAGUCUGGUUACUUCAAGUGUGGGGGCUUUUAAACAGCGGCAGGAAAAGCCCUUUGAUGCGAUGAACAACAUUGUGGCAAAUUUGCUGCUCAACCUAACAAGCUCUGCAAGAUUUGAAGGAUCCCUUAAUAUGGACCUUAAUGAAAUCAGCAUGAAUUUAGUACCUUUUCCUCAACUGCAUUAUCUUGUGUCAAGCCUAACACCUCUGUAUACAUUGGCAGAUGUUAACAUUCCUUCUCGAAGAUUGGAUCAAAUGUUUUCAGAUGCUUUUAGCAAAGAUCACCAGCUAAUUCAGGCCGACCCCAAACACAGUCUCUACCUUGCCUGUGCCCUCAUGGUUAGAGGAAAUGUCCAGAUUUCAGAUCUUCGCAGAAAUAUUGAAAGAUUAAAACCUUCUCUACAGUUUGUCUCCUGGAAUCAAGAAGGCUGGAAGACCAGCCUGUGCUCAGUUCCUCCUGUGGGCCAUUCCCAUUCAUUAUUAGCUUUAGCAAAUAACACAUGUGUGAAGCCUACCUUCAUGGAACUGAGAGAGAGAUUCAUGAGGCUCUACAAGAAAAAGGCUCAUCUUCACCACUACCUGCAAAUUGAAGGGAUGGAGGAAAGCUGUUUCUCAGAAGCGGUGUCGUCUUUAUCAGCUCUCAUCCAGGAAUACAGCCAACUGGAUGCCACAAAAAGCAUGCCCAUGGAAGACUUACCCAGACUGAGAGUCGCUGUGUAAAACAGACCCAAAAAUGCUUUUUCUUUUCCUUUAAUCUUACCUUGCUUUUUCAGAACUUUUGUAAUUCAGAAAGCCCAGUUUUUGUUUUUCCUAUUAGGGAGUAUUUUUGUCUGCAAGAGUAGUUCUGUUUAAUCACCAUUGAUAAUGCCAGUGUGUGAAAUUAGUAAGUGCUAGUACCUUAACUUCAGACAUUGUCCUCAGAAAAAUAUUUUUCUCUUUCCCAAAAUAUUUUCUUUUUUAUAGUUUUCCUAUUAGGGAGUAUUUUUGUCUGCAAGAGUAGUUCUGUUUAAUCACCAUUGAUAAGGCCAGUGUGUGAAAUUAGUAAGUGCUAGUACCUUAACUUCAGACAUUGUCCUCAGAAAAUUCCCUUUUUCUAAAAUUGAGAGAAUGCAGUCCUUUAGUAUUUUACUUUAUUUAUACUCAUAAUUAGGUAUUUAUACAAUAAGAAUCAUGUCUUAGUUACAAAUCUUAUACAGAUAUAUUUUUAUAUUUAUUUAUAAUUUAUGUUUUCUAUUCUGUUCAAAUUCUAAUAAUUUU